GCCAUUCCGAUCUACUAUUUAGGGUGUCCAUCCGUGUUGCAGCUCUCGAACCUUCUCCCAUGGCCUCCGGCGUAACUCGACCCUCCUCCUAGGGUUUCCUUUCUACCUUUUACCGAGACGCUUUUCGAGGUUCGUCUCCCGUUGCUGCAGUCCCUUGUUUCGGUUUGUUACUUCUCCUCUAACUGGGGCCAUGUUAAAGAAAUGUUGAAGUUGUUUCAGAUGGUGACGAGAAGCAAUUUUUUUCCGCUAUAGUGAUAUUUAGGAGUUUUGGCCGCGUUGUCGUGGAGAUGGCUCCAGCAGUGGAAAGAAGAGACCAUGUGAGGCGAUAUGCAUCUGAUCGGUCUAAUUCUCCAACCAGGGACCGGCAUUCCCCACAUAGGAAGGCCUCUCCUCGAAGAGAUAGGCCCUCUGCUCAUCGGAGGAGCUCCCCAAAAAUGAGAUCACCAGCUAGAACCAGCUCAUCCCAUAAGAUCAGAUCGCCUGUAAAAGAAAAGCUGUCUGAUCGAGCUAGGUCUCCCAAACAUGAGCGACCAAGAUCGCCUGCCAGGACUAGUUCUUCCCGUUCACCAUCACCACGUACAAAACGCUUGAGGCAGUCUCGAGCAGAGCGGGAGGUGGAGAAGGUGAUGGACAAGGACCGUGGGAGGAAUGCUAGCAAAGAGGGACGUGAUAAGGGGAGGCACAGUGUACAUGGGGACAAAAAGGAUGUUUCAAGUGACAGAAGAUUGGUGAGAGAGAAAAGUGAUGUUGGCUUAAUGAAAUCAUCGAGGCGCGAUCGCUCAAUAUCUCCAGAGGAGCGUAGCCACAGGAGCAGACAGAGGUCCCGCUCGCCUCCUAGGGUUCCCAAGGCCGGGGCACGUGAUGAGGCAAUGAAUGUAAGAGCUGCUGAACAGUCUAGUGAUGUUGAUCAUGAUUCUGUUGCUAAGAUGAAUGAAGCUGCCGAAGCCCUGGAAGCAAAAGAAAAGCAAGUGCAGCAAAAGCCAUCAUUUGAACUUUCUGGGAAGCUUGCCGAGGAGACAAAUCGUUUUCGAGGUGUAACUUUACUAUUUAACGAACCGCCAGAUGCCCGUAAACCAGAUGUAAGAUGGCGGCUGUAUGUUUUCAAGGCUGGUGAAGUGCUAAAUGAGCCCCUUUAUAUACACCGUCAGAGCUGUUAUCUUUUUGGAAGAGAAAGGAGGGUCGCAGAUAUUCCUACGGAUCAUCCGUCUUGUAGCAAACAACAUGCCGUUCUUCAGUACAGGCUUGUGGAAAAGGAGCAACCAGAUGGCUUACUGUCAAAGGAAGUAAGUCCUUAUCUGAUGGACCUUGGAAGUACAAAUGGAACUUUUAUUAAUGAUAACCGCAUUGAACCACAACGAUAUUAUGAAAUUUUUGAAAAAGAUACUAUUAAAUUUGGUAAUAGUAGCCGAGAAUAUGUACUAUUGCACGAGAACUCAGCUGGGUGAGCUAUCUCAAUUUAGGAAGAGAAUUCCUGGCCCAGCUAUUUUGCAGUUCCCCAUCGAAUUUCAACGCAUGGUACUCAAGAACCAGUUUCAUGAAGAUGCUGCUUUUGGCUCGCCGCUGCAGUGUGCCUACUCUUUGUUACAUAAAUGACCCAACUGCUUUGUUAUGCGUUUUUGCUUGUUCUCUGGCUUAUGGAAGUAUAUUUUGUUGGAGGUUAGAAAAGGUGAUUUCAUGUACGAGUUUAAUUGUUUUUGAUGAAAUGUACCGAUGUUUUCAGAUUAUUCUGUCAGCUGCCAAAAUUUUAACUGGAGCACAUUCCCUAGUAAUAUUAGCAUUCCUC